GUGCGAUUCGGUUUACCACAUUUUCUCUACCGUCACCAGCUCUCUCUCUCUCCCUCCCUCUCUCUCUCCAGCAGCAGCUUAUGGGAUGUGAAGUUCCAAUACCCUGCAAACUCUCAAGCACACACUGUUUAUGGCUUCGUUGAGCUCUGAAAUUAGGGUUUCGUUAGGGUUCUGAUGUUUGGUUAAGCCCACUUGGGGAUUAUUAUCUAAAUAUGGCUGCAAGUGGUCACUGUUUUGUGGAGUGGAAAGAGCAAUUUGUUUCCAAGGAGCGGGGCAACCGUGUGGUUCACUAUUUUUUGAAGGACAUUUCGGGGGAGUCCAUUCUUGCUGUUGUGGGCACUGAAAGGAGUGUUAGACACAUGUUCUAUGUUGUUUCUGAGGAGUUCCUGAAUGUUCACGGGGCGGAGAAUUCAGUCCAUGCUGGUUUCAGAUGGAGAUCCAGGAGAGAGGUUGUGAAUUGGCUCACUUCUAUGCUCUCAAAACAGCAUCGGCAACGGGAUCAAUGCAAAUCACCAAAGAAUGAUCCAACAACUGGACUAGGUGGUCAACGGACAGGCAUGCCUGAUUACAAGGGCCGUCUUGCGAGGAAUUUGAAAGAGCACAAUUCAGACAUUGUGUGGUUGGGCGUUGCAUGGACAUGCGGUAAACUACUCAAGCACUACCAAGCAUUUUGCAGGAAUGGGACUACAAUAGCGGUACAAUCCUUCGUCUUUGUCAUGGCUGAAGAAGAAAAUCGUCACCUUGCGUAUUUGGAAGAUAUGUAUGAAGAUAGGAAGGGACAAAAAAAGGUCAAAGUGAGGUGGUUUCACCAUAAUCAAGAAGUCAAGGGUGUGAUUUCUCUACGAAAUCCUCACCCCAAAGAAGUUUUCAUCACACCUCAUGCUCAAGUCAUCAGUGCGGAGUGUGUUGAUGGUCCUGCCACAGUCUUAACUCGUGAACAUUACGAGAAGUGUCUGACUGUUAUACCAAGUGCCCUAUUAGCCAGAGUACGUCUUUGCCAUAGGCAAUUUAAAAGCAAUCGUGUGAAGCCCUUCAAAUUGAGUAAACUGCGUGGCUAUUUUGAUCAACCAAUUUUCUCGUGUUUUGAUCCUGAUUUCUUUGAAGACGAAGAUUUUAGCCCAGGGGACAAUGUAAAGGUGGGAGCUAAAAGGACAAGAAGUUGUAGAGGGCACCAAAUGCUGACAUAUAAACCAUCAUACCCAAACUUGAAGAAUGAUGUUUUGCAGCCUUGGCAUACCCGACCAUUUCAGGUUAAUGAAAAGAUAGAGUUGCUAUGCCAAGAUAGUGGUAUCAGAGGUUGCUGGUUCAGGUGUACAGUCUUGCGGGUUUCCCAGAGACGGAAGAGAGUCCAGUAUGAUGAUGUGAAAGAUGAAGAUGGAUGUGGUAGUCUUGAGGAAUGGGUUCCCGCUUUCAGACUGGCCAUGCCUGACAAACUUGGAAUGAGAUGCCCGGGCCGUCCAACAAUCAGGCCCGCCCUUCGUCAUGAUCAAAUAGACCAUGCCUUUGAGGUUGGAGCUCCGGUGGAUGCAUGGUGGAGCGAUGGCUGGUGGGAAGGGGUUGUGACCGGAAUUGGCAACUCUGGAGAUGAAAGUUUACCUGUUUACAUUCCCAGUGAGAACAUACUACUGAAUAUAAAUAGAAAGAACCUAAGAGUCUCAAGAGAUUGGAUGGGGGACCACUGGGUUGAUAUCAAGUUGAAUCAUGACGUUCUCUCAGCCAUAUCUUCUGUCAUCCGCCUAGAUGCUAAGCUUUCUCCGGCCUCAAUUUCUGCGAAGGAGCCCGAGUCUGAUGAUUUUCCUAUGUCAUGUCAUGAAGUUCCUCCGACUACCAAGCUUGAUAUAGUCGAGGAGGAAAAGCUUGACUUGGACAAUUUGGCUCCUGAUGAUGAACUUUCAAGAGGUAUGGAGAUAGAUAAUAAUCAUACUCAUGUUAAUAACAGUCCUGAAAAAGAUGAAGCGGAGAAUGGCCACCAUAUUAGUGAUAAUGUUGAAGAUUAUGAUGAUGAUAAUGAUGAUGUUGGUUAUGGAGAUGAUAACAAGGGCAAGUUAGAGGAGUUUGAACCUACUGGGAAGAAAUGUGAAUCGGAAUUCUUGGAAGUGGUCGCAUGAUAUGUUUGACAGGAGUUUUAGUCCCCACAAAUCAGGACAUGGUGCAAAUGCAAGAAUGUAUGUAAAUAAAGAAAGAAAACUGUUGGGAUUUACAUUGCAAGUUUAUUUUUUACUUUGGUUGAUUUAGAGGGCGGACCUUUGUGCAGCAGUAAGAUUACCUCUUCUUACGUGGGUGUAAGGCUAUGUACAUUUGAUCCUCUCCAGACUCUGCAAUGCCGAGACUCUGCAAUGGCAGGACUCUUGUACUGGAACUGUCUUUUUAGCUUUAGGUGUACAGUUAUGAGGUUAGAACUUAGAACUUUUGUUGAAUUUCUGUUCUUAACUGAUUGUUUUAGAAUAGAUGACUCAGAACCCUUCGUUUAAAACUCUCUAUUGGGUUGGUUGUAGUCCAGUUCUUUGUAACUUUCUAUACCUUAUGUACCUCUGUACUGACAAUGUUGUGUUCUCUUGUAAUGUCGUCAAAUCUUUGUCUCUUCUGUUUA